GGCAUUGGCGGCUUUCCCCGCCCCCAGCGCAGCCCGGGGCGCUCCGAAUCCCUCGGUCCCGGUUCUGGUCCCGGUUCUUGUCCCGGUCUCGGUUCCGGUUCUGGUCCCGGUUCCUGUCCCGGUCCCGCUCAGGUUCCCAGAGGGAGGAAGCUCACCCUCCUCCGCCUCCCGGCCCCAUGGCGCUCCCCAGCCCCGCCGAGCAGCUCCGCGCCGCCGCCUCGUGCCCGGUGUGCCUGGAGCUGUUCCGCGACCCCGUCUCCCUGCGCUGCGGCCACAACUUCUGCCGGGGCUGCGUGGAGCGCUGCGGGCCGGGCCCCGGGGCGGCGGCGGGGCCGCUCUGCUGCCCGCAGUGCCGGGACGCGGCGCCGGGCGGCGGGAGCAGCCUGAGGCCGAGCCGGGAGCUCGGGCACAUCGCGGGCAUCGCCCGGGAGCUGCUCCCGGCGCUGCUCCCCGCGCCGCCGCCGCCGCCGGGGACACCGGGGACACCGGGGGACGGCUCCGUGUGCGGGCGGCACCGGGAGCCGCUGCGGCUCUUCUGCCGCGAGGAGCGGGCGCUGCUGUGCGCCGAGUGCGCCCGGGAGCGGCACCGGGAGCAGGAUCGGGAACGGCACCGGGAACGGCAAUGGGGACAGCAGUGGGAGCAGGACCGGGAACGGCACGGGGAGCAGCAGCGGGGACAGGACCGGGAACAGGAGUGGGGACAGCAGCGGGAACAGGACCGGGAGCACCGGGAGCAGCACCGGGAGCAGGACCGGGAGCAGCAGCGGGAGCAGGACCGGGUGGUGCCCGUUGAGGAGGCAGCGCGGGAGUACCGGGAGCAGAUCCAGAGCUGCCUCCAGGCUUUGAAGGAGGAGCGAGAAAAAUUCCUGGAAAGCCGAAAAUCCGGAGCUUGGAGGAGUCUGCACCUGGACAGGGCGCGGGGCGAGGGGCAGCACCUGGCGCGGGAGUUCCGGGAGUUGCGGCGCUCCCUGGAGGAGCAGCAGCGCCUCCUGCUGGCGCAGCUCGGGGACCUGGAGGCGGCCAUGGCCCGGGGCCGGGAGCAGGCGGUGGGAAAGGUCUCGGAGGAGUUGUCCCAGCUGGACACGCUCAUCUGGGAGAUGGAGGGGAAAUUCCAGCAGCCCCCGAGCCGAUUCCUGCAGGACAUCCAGCAGCUCCUGGACAGCUGUGAGACGAUGAGGUUCCAGCCGCCGGCCGAGAUCUCCCCCGAGCUGGAGAGGAGCCUGGAGGAUUUCGCCCAGAGGAACGUCCUGGUGAGGGGCACCUUGAGGAGAUGCCAAGACAGCCUCAUGUUCCUGCUGCAGGAGCCGGCCUCGCUCACCCUGGACCCUGACACCGCCCACCCUCACCUGCACCUGUCGGCCGACGCCCGGGAGGCGCGGGGGCAGCUCCGGCCCCGCGACGCCCCCGACCACCCCGAGCGCUUCGACUUCGAGCCCUGCGUGCUGGCCCGGGGCGGCUUCACCUCGGGCCGGCACUUCUGGGAGGUGGAGGUGGGCCGGGGCGGGGUGUGGGCCCUGGGGGUGAUGCGGGAAUCCUCCCGCCGCAGGGGCCCCCUCAGCCUGACCCCCAAGGAGGGCGUUUGGGCGCUGGAGGCCUUCCACUCGCUGACGUCGCCGCGCGCCAAGCUGCGCCUGCACCCGCCGCCGCGCCGGCUCCGCGUGGCGCUGGACUACGAGGGGCGCCGCGUGGCGUUCUUCAGCGCCGGCGACGACGUGCCCAUCCUCGAGUACACCCGCGCCGCCUUCGACGGAGAGCGGCUCCGGCCCUGGUUCAAGAUGGGCCUGGGAGCGCGGCUGAUGGAGGUGACGCGGGGCGAGCGCUGCCAGGACCGCGCCGUGGCCGGCAGGGCCGUGUCCCCCCUGGACUGGGUGGGAUUCGGGUUCUCCAUGAGGAUCUGCUCCUGAGGGGGUUGAGGAGAUGAAUCCCAAGUGAUGCUUCCCCUCUGAGUCCUGGACUGGGUGGGAUUCGGGUUCUCCGUGAGGAUCUGCUCCUGAGGGAUGAGGGGAAGAGUUCCAGGUGAUUCCAACCCUCUGAGGCCUGGACUGGGUGGGAUUUGGGUUCUCCGUGAGGAUCUGCUCCUGAGGGAUGAGGGGAUGAGGUCCAGGUGAUUCCACCCCUCUGAGUCCUGGACGGGGUGGGAUUUGGGUUCUCGAUGAGGAUCUGCUCCUGAGGGGGUUGAGGAGAUGAAUCCCAAGUGAUGCCGCCCCUCUGAGUCCUGGACUGGGUGGGAUUCGGGCUCUCCAUGAGGAUCUGCUCCUGAGGGAUGAGGGGAUGAGUUCCAGGUGAUUCCAACCCUCUGAGUCCAUCGGGAGGUCUGAGAUGGCUCCACGAGGAGCCCGGUUUGGCGUGUGUGGUUUUUACCUUGUUGUGUCCUUGGUGGGAUGGAUCCUCCCUGGUUUUCUCCCUUCCUGAAGUUUCGGAACCCAGGAAAUUCCUCUGGCUGCCCUGCAGGACUCGAGCUCAUUCCCAGGGGGCUCAGAGACCCUGGCACAGAGCCCAAGACCCCCGUGCCUUUGAUUGGGAAAAACAAUUACCAAUCUUGAUAUGAAGAAUUACAAGCCACGAAAGUUUAAGUGGAACGAUAGUGAAUUUAUCACAGGGUGAAAAAAUAGAUGUUUGGGGUUUUUAGAAUGGGGCAAGGUGGAGGGAUCUGGGCGUGUCCAGCCUUUCUUCUUGGCCUGCAUCUUCUGCUGUGAUGUUGGCACUUUUGGACUGGUUUAGAGAAGAAGCUCACUGCGUAUUUAAUUUUUAUUUAAUUUUAAUAUUGUAGCUUUUUUUUUUUAAAUUUUAAUAUUGUAGUUAAUUUAAAUAUUGUAGUUUUAAAUAGUGUGUGUGUAAAUAUUGUAGUUUUUUGUAUAAAAAGAUAACACCGCAGAGUGCCUCUGUCUGUCCUGCUGAGAGGACCUUGGCUGGACAGGAGAAAUAAUUUUAUUGAUAAAAUAAAUAAAAAUGAAUAAAAUAAACAACCUUGAGAAUGAGAAAUGA